AUGAGUCUCGAGGUAGGCCUGCUGCGCAUGCAGAAUGAUUUAUACGGGCGAAUUGCACGCGCGUAUGAAAAUUUACGAAAGUUGGGAACGGCCAACAUUACUGUCGACAGUGUCGAGACAAGAAUCGGCACGAUCGACUCCAAUUGGCAGAAGCUCAAGAAGCAGCAUGACACGCUGAUGUUAAGCCACUUGGAAACGUUAAAGACCCACGAGUACUUGAAGAAGGACUUCAUAGCGGUAAUGGAGGAAGCCUACGUGCAGCAGCGGGCGAAGCUCAUGGAAACUUUGCGCACCUUGAAGAACGGUUCAGAGAACCGCGAGGGUGCCACGACCGCGACCACUGCACGUCGCACUACGUUACCACGAAUCCAGAUCAAGACGUUCUCAGGACACGUUCAAGACUGGCCAGCAUUCAGGGACCUUUUCAGCUCGGUGGUUAUUAAGGAUCCGUCCUUGACAGAUGUGGAGCGGUUUUAUUACUUGAGAUCGAGCCUGCAAGGAGAGGCGGAGGAAACGGUGCAGAACCUCACCAUCACUGGCGAGAACUUUGGUAGAGCGUGGAAGGCACUCACGGAGCACUACGAAAACAAGCGUCACCUGGUGCGCGUGUGCUUCACGCUUUUCCUUACGCUCACAAAGAUGAAGGGGGAGUCGGCACAAGAACUCCAACGUCUGUAUCACCGCAUCUCUAACACUCUCAGUCAAUUGGAGACCAUCGGGCGGUCGAUUACGAAUUGUAGCGACUUGUUCGUCAUCCUCGUGGAGAAAAUUCUCGACACGCGAUCACGUCGCGAUUGGGAGGAAUCACGCGAGAAUAGCACGGAAUUGCCCUCGGUGGAGGAGCUGCAGGCGUUCCUCAAACGGCGGGCGGCUACACUCAAGGCCUUGUCACCAGUAAAAUCUGAGUCUCAUCCGACCAAGGUCGACUCAGGAUCGGCUAAAACGGCGCGCGCACACCACACACAAAAGGAGAACACGCGAUCAGGCCAGUGUCCUCUGUGUCCGCGCAGUCAUUACAUCAUGCAGUGUGAUGAGUAUCGACGUAAGACCGCACAGGAACGGAAGUCUUUCAUCGAGGAUAAGAAGUUGUGCCUCAACUGUCUGGGUAAACACGCGGUGACGGCAUGUACUGGCAAACGUACGUGCACAGCAUGUGGCAGCAAGCACCACACCACCCUACACGAUGCCUAUAGUACUGCUGCUGGGGUCUCUACUACUAAUGAUGUUUCAGCAAAAACGGUGGCACAUACUUCUCACAGCACCAAGGCGUCCAACCAGGCAGUGCUUCUUGCCACUGCGCGGACACUUGUGGAUGACGUCCAUGGCGAGCAUCAGGCUGUCCGAGCCCUAAUUGACCCUGCAUCGGAGGUCUCCAUUGUGACAGAGGCGGUAGCUCAACGAUUGCGGCUUCCUCGCCUGCCUUUCGCCGUCACUAUCUACGGAGUUGGAGGUCAGCGCACUGGAAAGGCGAAGGGUAAGGUGAUGAUCACCGUGCGCUCCAGAACGAGCAACUUCUCGCUCGAAGUGAAGGCGCUUAUUCUUCCGCAGCUAACGGCGCGAGCGUCACGAGUGGAUGCUGAGACAAUUACGUGGCCGCAUCUUCAGGGUAUCCGGUUGGCUGACUCUACGUUUUUAGAAGGCGAUCCGAUCGAGCUGCUCCUUGGGGCCGACGUAUACGCAUCCAUCAUGAAACAGGGGAUGCGUAAGGGCGCUCCAAGCCAACCGUUGGCACAGCAGACCACCUUCGAAUGGAUCUUGUCGGGAGUCGUGUGCGCUGUCGGCAACAGUGAUAGCGCAACGACGUUACAGUGCACUGUCGGCGAGGAUCUAAACACCGUGGUAAGACGGUUCUGGGAACAGGAGGAGCUGCCCGAACCAUCAAGGAUCCUGUCUAGGGAGGAGCAACAGUGUGAGGAAAUCUUCGUGCGUACGCAUCAGUGCGGCGCUGACGGACGAUACCUGGUGCGUCUUCCCGUGGUUGGCUCCUUGCCAGACUUUGCUAGCUCCCACCGCGUGGCCUUGCGGUGUCUGAAUCACAUGGAGAAGCGCUUCCAAAGGGAUCCAACGUUGCAAGAGCAGUAUCAGGGGUUCAUGCGGGAGUAUGAGUCGCUCGGGCACAUGAUACCCGCUGAACCGCUCGUCGAGGGUCAACGAGGCUGUUUUCUUCCGCAUCACGAAGUGCUCAAGGCCUCCAGCACCACGACCAAGUUGAGGGUCGUUUUCAACGGUUCGUCACCGGGAGCCAAUGGAGACACUCUCAAUCGCCACUUGAGCGUCGGCGCGAACUUGCUACCUGCGAUUUCCGACAUCCUGACCAGGUGGAGAAGGCACAAGUAA